UCGAUAUCUCAGAAGUAAAGUAAGUACCGCCUAAUCCUGCGUUUCCCUCAUUCAUCACUCUCGCAGUGGAAUCUGCUUGAUUUGUUCUGAUUGCAGCAAAUAGCUUUUCAAAGGAGUAUUGGAAGCUCAGGUUUGAUAUGGGUUUGCAAAGUUGCUCCUAUUCCUGGUGAGACUAAAGUGGCGGUAUAUCAUCCUCACAAGUCACAAAGAGGAGCAAUUUGAUUGACAGCCCUAGAGUUGUUUAUAAGAGCAGUGACUCUGAAAUAGAUGUUGUACUGACUGAAGGGUGUGAUAUGGAUCCUGGGCCUAGUGAUGCAAGUGUUUUGACUAGACAAGCCGAGCAUCGGUCCACUUGGAUUUGGAAUGGCCCUGACGAGGGUGAGGAUAUGCCGGGCGUAUUAAAGUGUCGACACCGCUUUGUUGAUUUGCUACGACAUCAGCAGCUAGAUCCACGGAUUAUUCGUUACAUCGACGAGGCCGGUUUAUCUGGGUUAUAUGGUGUCCCAUUUAUAUCACUUGAUCAUGCAUUGAUCACUGCAUUGGUUGAGCGCUGGCGUCCAGAGACCCACACUUUCCACCUACCCCAUGGUGAGAUGACCAUUACUUUACAGGAUAUGGAGGUCAUGAUGGGGUUACCAGUAGAGGGGUUGCCAGUGAUAGGGAAGACUAACUUGAUUUGGGAGGAAGAAUGUGAACGCUUACUUGGUGUUAAGCCUCCAGCCCCAGUACCAAAGCCUAAUCAGAACAAGUCGGUGCUAGAUGGGACAAGAAUUAAAUCAAAAUGGCUCGCUAACCGCUUUAGAGCCCCCCUACCUGAGAAUGCCAGUGAAGAUUUGGUGCAACAAUAUGCUCGGUAUUAUUUACUUGAGCUGUUGGGUGGUAGCUUGUUUAUGGAUACCUCGGGAGGACGGAUCUCUCUUUUAUAUCUUCAGUUCUUGGAUCCCAUUAGUGAUGCCAAGAAAUACAGUUGGGGUAGUGCAGCCUUGGCAUGGUUGUAUAGACAGCUAUGCAAUGCCACCGACCUGAAGGCGAAGCAUAUUAGUGGUGCACUACUCUUGGUGCAGUUGUGGGUGUUUUCUAGGUUCCCACACAUGGUUCCAAAGAUGAAGGAACCACUUCAAGGUGCUCUGGACCAGGAAUUGCCGCUAGGUCCUCAUGCCAUUAGAUGGCAAGGGGCAAAGUGCACAAAAAACGCUCCCACACACGUACUAGAGGCAUAUCGUGCCUCAUUUUCUACAACCCAGGCCCAUCAGAUUGUCUGGGAGCCAUAUAAGGAGGUAUUGAGUACCCUGCCCACUUAUUGUACUGCAGGCCAACGAGUAUGGAGGUCUGUUGUCCCACUGAUUUGUUUUUGGAUUGUAGAGUUUCAUCACCCUGAACGUGUCCUACGUCAGUUCGGCAUGCAGCAGGGUGAACCACCUAUUGUUAACACUUCAGUUAAGCUUCAUGGGAUAACCUUGAGGGCGAAGAUGGAUAAAGACUGGAGGAAAGAACACGCUGUGUAUAUUCAGGAAUGGGAUAGUCGUGACCAGCGUGUACAUGAUGCACCUGUGUUUGAUGGGGUUAUGCAAUAUAAUCAUUCAUAUAUGAAGUGGUAUCGCCGUAUCACUCGAUAUCAUAUCAGUCGCAAUAGUGCAAAAUGGGACAUUAUAGUUAACACCCAGCUCCGUAUGCUAAGUAGGUGCCAACCAAAUUCUGAAAACUAUAAGGACAUCAUGGAUGUCCUCGACUUAGUGGGUGAGAUGAAUCGGGUCAAUCUAGAUAGUGCUUGCACUGUAAGCUCCACGAGGACACCGGCUGCAAGGCAUGGCGGGCGAAGUGGAGGGCGUGGCAGGCGACGUGGAGGGCGUGGCGGGCGACGUGGAGGGUGUGGCUUUGGAUGUGGCAGCUCACAUGAUCAGGAACACUCUGAUUCUGAUGAAUACCCUCCAUCUGCAGCGGAUAGAGACUCUGAUUCUGAUUAUGGCUUGUCCAUUGAUGACACUGGGAUACGCCCAUGCAUGAUCCAUGAUGAUAUUGGGCCAUCCACUACUCACGACGCCCCACCGUCCCCCCUACCCACCACUCUCCAUGAUGAUAUUGGGCCAUCCUAUACUCAUGAUGCCUCUUCGUCCCCCCUACCCCUCACCCCCAAUGACGAUACUGAGCCAUCCACUACUCAUGGAACCCCUUGGUUUCCCCUACCCUCCACCCCUAUGUCUGCCACACUCACCACUAAUGUUGCCUCCACGGACCUGGCUGGUGGUUCCUCAAGGAUAUUUAUACCCAUCCUUGGCCUACCCACACCACAUCACCAUUUUCCUACAAGGUCAGCCCAGAUACACUCACUCCCUAAACCCCAGCAAGAGGUUGCAAGGGUUGAGCAGCCACACAGUGAAAAUGUUGAGCAGCUAGAGCCUCCACCGCCCAAAUAUUUGAAACGCACUCGAAAUGAAGAGAGUAGCUGUGGAACUGGUGAAGAAAUUGCAUUGGAAACCACAACCAUGGAUGAUUGUGCAGCUUCUCUAGCUUCUCUUUCUAGUGCUUCCACAGGAGAUACCACUGAUUGUGCUCUUGCUUGUCCAUCCAACUCAUUACCCACACAACUAACAACAACAUCGAUAGCUGAACAAAAUCCUAGUUCAUUACUAGUACAACAACAAGUACCCACACUAACAUGGCCCAAGAACAGUGAGCUUGAUCUCGAUUGGAUUGAGAAUCUGAUAUCAAUCUUUGACUGGUCUUCCAAGAAUCUACCACCCUCAGAAUUCCCACUAGUACUUCCAGUUCAAGCCUUUGAUACUCUGAUUCUUACCGCAUCGAAGAUCCUCCACAAGGAGCCUAAUUGUAUCACAAUUGAUCCUGUUGAGUCAAGCUCUGUGGUUGUUGUCGGUGACAUUCAUGGCCAAUUGCAUGAUCUCAUAUUUUUAUUGAAACAUGCUGGGUUUCCUUCUCAAAAUCGAUUCUUUGUAUUCAACGGCGAUUAUGUUGAUCGAGGAGCUUGGGGCCUCGAGAGUUUCGUUCUCUUGUUGGCCUGGAAGGUCUUUAUGCCAGAUAAUGUAUUUCUUCUCCGUGGAAAUCAUGAGUCCAAGUAUUGCACUUCCAAUUAUGGCUUUGAGAAGGAGGUGCUGACAAAGUAUGGAGAUAGUGGUAAGCAUGUGUAUCGGAAAUGUUUGGGAUGCUUCGAAGAGCUUCCUUUGGCCUCUAUUAUAGCCGGGUGUGUAUAUACCGCUCAUGGAGGGCUUUUCCGCAGCAUACCUUUGGUCCUAUCAAAGAGAUCAAAACGGAAGAAGAGGCGUAGAGUAAGUUUCAACUCCGAGCCCAAGUCAUUAUCUCUUGGUUCUUUGGAGGAAUUAUCUGGAGCUCGAAGGUCGGUUCUUGAUCCUCCAUGGGAAGGCUUAAAUCUGAUUCCUGGUGAUGUGCUAUGGUCAGACCCAUCAAUGACUCCUGGUCUUUCUCUGAAUGAAGAGCGAGGCAUUGGACUAUUGUGGGGUCCCGACUGCACUGAAGACUUCCUCAAAAAGUUCAAUCUAAAGUUAAUCAUCAGAUCACAUGAAGGCCCUGAUGCGAGGGAAAAGAGGACUGGUUUUGGAGGAAUGGAUGAAGGAUAUACCAUUGAUCAUGUUGUGGAGUCAGGGAAGCUGAUCACUGUGUUUAGUGCUCCAGACUACCCCCAGUUUCAGGCAGGAGAGGAGAGAUACAAAAAUAAAGGGGCGUAUGUUGUUCUGGAACCCCCUAAUUUUGAUAAUCCAAAAUUUUACAGCUUUGAAGCAGUUGCUCCAAGACCACAGGUGAAUCCCUAUUAUGACUAUGUAGAUGUGAUUGACUCUGAUGAAGAAUUGGACCUGGCAUCAAUGGUAACUACUUCUGAAGGCCACAUCGGCUUAUCAGUAACUCCACAUCUCGAGACAGGGAUAGCCAAAAUUUGAGCAGCCACUUCUGGAGAGUACAGCUCUCUAGCCGUCCUGUUUUCAAGUCAAAUUGUAAAGAUAACAUUAAAUACCAAUUAACAGAUGUAGGCAUGUAGCUUGUUUUGAUUUCUGUAAGGAUUCCUAAUUGCGUAACCUAGGUCCUUUCCAAUUGAAAAAUA